CGACGCAGGGCGUGCAUACGUACGUACGUGCUCGCUCACGGUGGCGGCGACGGAUCGGAGAGGCCAGAGCCGGAGACCGAGCUGGGAUCGGGCCCCGGGCGGGGGCGGUGCGAGCGGCGCCAAGCGGAGCCUGGGGGCGGGGACGGAGUCGGGGCGGGCGGGACUGGAGCGGAGCCCGGGAACGAGGCGGGAGGUCCCAGGGUCUCGGGUUGAGGGGGUGGAGUCGCACUUCGUCGCCGCGGGGGUGCCGGGACUCCGGCCGCAGUGCCGCCGCCAUCACGGACUUCCUGUGGGACAAGCGCACGGGCCUCGCCGCCAGAACGAUGCCUCAUCCCCGAAGGUACCACUCCUCAGAGCGAGGCAGCCGGGGGAGUUACCAUGAACACUAUCGGAGCCGAAAGCAUAAGAGACGAAGAAGCCGCUCCUGGUCAAGUAGCAGUGACCGGACACGGCGGCGCCGGCGGGAAGACAGCUACCAUGUCCGUUCCCGGAGCAGCUAUGAUGACCAUUCUUCGGACCGGAGGGCAUAUGACCGGCGAUACUGUGGCAGCUAUAGGCGCAAUGACUACAGCCGGGAUCGAGGAGAAGCCUACUAUGAUGCAGACUACCGGCAUUCCUACGAAUAUCAUCGGGAGAACAGCAGUUACCGCAGCCAGCGCAGCAGCCGGAGGAAGCACAGACGGCGGAGGCGGCGCAGCCGGACAUUCAGCCGCUCAUCUUCGCAGCACAGCAGCCGGAGAGCCAAGAGUGUAGAGGACGACGCUGAGGGCCACCUCAUCUACCACGUCGGGGACUGGCUACAAGAGCGAUAUGAAAUUGUAAGCACCUUGGGAGAGGGGACCUUUGGCCGAGUCGUACAAUGUGUUGACCAUCGCAGGGGGGGCGCUCGAGUUGCCCUAAAGAUCAUUAAGAAUGUGGAAAAGUACAAGGAAGCAGCUCGCCUUGAAAUCAACGUGCUGGAGAAAAUCAAUGAGAAGGACCCUGACAACAAGAACCUCUGUGUCCAGAUGUUUGACUGGUUUGACUACCAUGGCCACAUGUGUAUCUCCUUUGAGCUUCUGGGCCUUAGCACCUUCGAUUUCCUCAAAGACAACAACUACCUGCCCUACCCCAUCCACCAAGUGCGCCACAUGGCCUUCCAGCUGUGCCAGGCCGUCAAGUUCCUCCAUGAUAACAAGCUGACACAUACGGACCUCAAGCCUGAAAAUAUUCUGUUUGUGAAUUCAGACUACGAGCUCACCUACAACCUAGAGAAGAAGCGAGAUGAGCGCAGCGUAAAGAGCACAGCUGUGCGGGUGGUAGACUUUGGUAGUGCCACCUUUGACCAUGAACACCAUAGUACCAUUGUCUCCACUCGCCAUUACCGAGCACCAGAGGUCAUCCUCGAGUUGGGCUGGUCACAGCCUUGUGAUGUGUGGAGCAUAGGCUGCAUCAUCUUCGAGUACUAUGUUGGCUUCACCCUCUUCCAAACCCAUGACAACAGAGAGCAUCUAGCCAUGAUGGAAAGGAUCUUGGGUCCUAUCCCUUCCCGGAUGAUUCGAAAGACAAGGAAGCAGAAAUAUUUUUAUCGGGGUCGCCUGGAUUGGGAUGAGAACACAUCAGCUGGGCGCUACGUUCGAGAAAACUGCAAACCACUGCGGCGAUAUCUGACCUCAGAGGCAGAGGAACACCACCAGCUCUUCGAUCUGAUUGAAAGCAUGCUAGAGUAUGAACCUGCUAAGCGACUGACCUUGGGUGAAGCCCUUCAGCAUCCUUUCUUCACCCGCCUUCGGGCUGAGCCACCCAGCACCAAGUUGUGGGACUCCAGUCGGGAUAUCAGUCGGUGACGAUCAGGCCCUGGGCCCCCCUGCAUCUCUAACAGCAGUGGGCGUCCAGUCCAGGACACUGGUGCUUUUUUAUACAAGAGAACAGAGCUGGAGCGCACUCCUUCCUCCUGGCUCCCUAUAUACCUGUCAAUAUGUGAAAUAGUGUAAAUAUGAAAGAACUUGUACCUAUCACUUCAACUCCUGCCUUGUACAUAACGCUAUUCCAUCCCACACUCUUCCCACCCUCACCUCCCCCUUCACAGUUGAGUUGGAUGGGGGCAGAAUGAGGUAACCAGGUGGCACCUAUCCCAUGUUUUAUAAGGAAUUUUGUACAGUCUUUGUGAAAUAAAAUGACGUGCUUCAUCGGACCCCCA